GGAGUUUAUUCCACUCUAUUGCCGCUGUUUUACACUAAAGGAACGAUCACCUGAUCUGCUAUGAACUAAGGGGCAUGAAAGGCGAAAAGGGUCUGAUUCAGAGCGAGGAUUUGGUCUGUAAGAUUUGGUAAUAAAAAUCAUGAAGUUGCAGCUAUUUCAAAUCAUCCUGGAUCAAACGCAAGCUGUGUAUGCACCAGGAAACGUGGUUUCAGGGCGUGUUGAUAUCGCCGUUGAGAAGGAUGUAAAUCUUCGUUUGUGCGAAAUACAUUUUAAAGGCUUGGCUAAUGUUCAUUGGAGUGAACAGCACACAUCUGGAAGCGGUGAAAAUCGUCGCACAAAGACAGUGCACUAUCGGGCCAAUGAAGAUUACUUUAACGUCCAGCAGCAACUUCUUGUUAAAGGUGCCAAUAAUGAAGUAGUGUUGAGUGCAGGACACCAUUGCUUUCCAUUCAGUUUCCAGCUGCCUCAUUCGAACUUACCAACAACGUUUGAGGGCGCCCACGGAUGGGUGCGUUAUUACCUGGAGUCAGUGCUUGAUGAAACGUGGUGGAAAUUUAACAAACGCUGUAAAGUAGGGAUUACUGUCAUCAGUCCAGUAGACUGUAAUGCUAAUCCAGUUUUACUAAAUCCUAUGAGAAGAGAUGAUACUAAAGAAGUAUGCUGCUGUUGCUGUGCGACCCACGUAAAUGCAUCGUUUGAGAUCCAGCGCCAAGCGUACUGUGCUGGUGAAUCUAUAGUGCAUACCGGCGAAGUGAACAACGGAAGCUCACGCGACCUUGAGCCAUUUAUCGAGUUAUAUCAGAGGGUCCUUUUUAAAGCCACUCGCAAAACCCGCAAGAUUGACAACCUUGUAUGUAAAAUUUCUGAGCCAGAAAUCGGUGAGGGAAAACGUCACGGAUGGAACCAAAAACCUCUCCUUAUCCCACCAAUUGCACCCACUCUAACCAACUGUAGCAUCAUCGAGGCAUCAUACUUUGUCAGGCUGCACGUGGAUAUUCCAAUGGCAGUGGAUUGCCGUAUUGAUAUUCCGGUAUUGAUUGGUACAAUACCAGCAAAUGUGUACAGCAGUGGAUAUAACACUCAAUAUGGAGUGGUAACACAACAACCGUCUGCACCUCCUGUUGCUUUGCCUGACCCCUACCCAAACCUUCCACCACCAUCGUAUGCUUCAAGUGUGUUUGGAGCAGUGGACAUGAAGGAAGAAGAUACAUCAGACGACGCAUUCAUGGGCAGCACAGGCUUUGUGCCAAUGUAUACAUACUAUGGUCAACCUCCUCCAGCAUCUACCGGUCAGAUUUAAGUUAAGCCUACUCUCAGCUUUAACUACAGUACUUGUCAGGUUUAGGCUGAAUUAUCUUUAUCAUCAUUAUAAAAAAUGUGAUAAAAUGUAUAAAUCUUAAAAUUAAAAUAGUGUUGGUUCUUUAUUAUGUAUAAACUAAGACUAGACUAGAUGAAAUUCAUUCAUGUGUAAAUCCUGUAUUAAAGUUAAAACUAACAUUUAUGUGAGGCUUUUAAAUACACUGAUGGUUCCUUUAUGUGAUAGUACAUAGAAAACUAAAUUUUAAAUUUUUUAAGUAAAUUUUAUCCAUGUGUAGCAUGAUUUCUUUUUCACAGUCAGAAAUAAUUAUGUUGUAAAGCAAAGCAGUAAUGAUUGUGCAUCUUUGCUUCUGAGUGAUGUUAAUGUUACCUAAAGACAAGAGCCACCAUGUGGUGGAAUCAUACAAGGCUCCAAAUUUGGAACAAGUCGAAUCCUGGAUAUCUGGUAAAAUGAGCUUUCUUAAACACAUCUAAUUUUUAUUUUUGUGUGCGUGGAUGAUACCCAUCGUCCCCGAUUUUUGUGAGACUAUUGAUAAAUAAACUUGUAAAAACGUGCAAUUAUUAUGAAUUUGCGGAAGAUUUUUUUCCCGGGAGAUUUGUGCAUUCUUUGGGAGUUAGUGGGAGACUUGUGACCCUUGAUCAUAGGAAUAUUCCUUGUUUGUAAGUAAGGUUUUUUUAUACUUUGUUUCGCCAACUUAGUUUUAUAAAGGUCGUCAGAUGAGGGGCAGGAAAAUAAAAUAAAAUUACAUUUUCUUAUUUAGCAAAUAUAUUUGACAAGAACAUCCAGACAGAGGAGAAAAUAAAAAAUAAAAUUUUAUUGUUGAAUGUAAACAGUGUAGUAAUGGGAUGGUUAAAUGCUUUAAAUUUAUAUAAUUAGGAAGAAAUAUACAUCUCCUUGUGUUUCAGCUGGAGGGCUUAAAUACAAGUUACAAUAGCGCACCGCCUUUUGGAUGAGACGUUUAGGCCGUUGGUCACGCGUACAUUUAUGGCCCAUAUGUACACUCUUUGGAAAAAAGUAGAGGAUUGUCUCCCGGUGUACUCCCCAAUCGCCACCAGAAGGACCCCACUGGAAAUAAGUAUAAAAAAAGUCUAGUCUGGCCUAAAGUAUACUUUGGUUUUUUAUCAUUGGAAUUACUAGAUAAAAGGCAAUUGGCUGGUGGCAAUGAAAUCCCACCAUGCUGAAUUCUGAGCAGCUGAGAAGCACUGUACCUAUAAUUCCAAUGUAAAACUAAAUUAAUAUAUCUGAUGUAUAUACUAGAAAAUUAUUAACCAAAUAGUAGUAAUUAAGUUAACUUUACCAACGUAUAAACAAAGUUAACUUUAUUGUGAUAACUUGCUGCUAUGAAACUCUUUUGUCUUUACUUGAAUAUUGUAAUAAGAAAUUAUAUUUUAAAUUUAUACAAUGGAGGUUUUACUUUACCUUAUCUGAUGUUUUACUAGAGUAUGUUAUUGAUGCAUGGUAAACAUUUAACUAGCAUUGGAUUUCUGUUACUGAACAGUAAUCUAUAAUGGCAAUGUAUUGUAUGUAUUAUCUUCUGCAAUGUAAAUUGCUUAUAAAAUAACCCAAUAUUAUUGGGUUAUAUUUUCACUUGAAACGUACAGGGUUUGUUAGAUUCUUUUCAUGCAUUACAGUGUGAUAUGACCAGUAUUUUAUAUUUUAGUAUAUGGUAGUCUUUCAGUUUUGCAUUUAUGCCUAUAUUUUACAGCACAGUAUUUAUUUUUAAUCUCAUUUCUCAAUUUUUAAAUUCUUUAGUAGAAAAUUGUAUUUUGCUGUAUUGGAAUGCUAAGUUGUUUUCCAAAAUGAUUGAUGGGUAAACAAGGUUAUCGUUGUUUUGAUGUGCAUUAGUGUGUUGUGAUCUUAAAUGUGUGUAACUGUUUAUUAGUUUGUCUAGUAGUAGAGAAGUGUAACUUCAAAGAGCGUAGCUGAUUCAUUCAAAGAUUCAAUAAAUACAAGUGUGUGUGAGUAACACAGACUAGCACUGAUUGGAACCAACAGGCCCUGUGACGACAUCACUUUGUUACUCCUUGUUGCACUGACCGUCAAUAAUGUAGGUCUUAACAAGCGGGCACAGUAUGUUGGUGUUUACAUUUUUAACAAGAUUAAUAGAUUACCAUAAUUCAGGCUCGCACUUAGAUCAUAAUUAAAACAAAGGUUAGAUUUUGGAAGUCAUCUUCAUAACAAACUUUUGCUUGGGUUGUUUUAAACGUGUAAAAUAUUCAUUAAUCAACUAAUUAUAGUGCAAGCAAUUCAACAAGGUAUACUGGCUUAGGUCGUUUUAUAACGGACUAUGGUCGAGGCGGCCGCGAGGGAAAGCGGCUGCACUCAAAAUGUAUGGAAUGCCAGUAGCGCUAUACUGAUUGAUUGGGCAAGUGUUUCGAAAUAAAGAGAAAUUAGUGUAUAAUUAUCAGACUUAAUUGGUACAAAACAAAUAUAUAUACAAAAUGGAAUAUUUUUUAUUUCUCGUAGUCUUCUUGGCCCUGGUUGAUUAAAGAUCGGUUUGUUUACAGAUUGAUUACAGAUCGAAACAUUUUUGUACGUACAUGACAUAAUUGAAUUAUGUUAGUAAACUUCGAAUAAAUAAACUAAAGAAGUCAUUUGAAAAUUACCAUCCAGUUCUGUAAGAAAAUAGGCAUACUAUAAAUCAAUUGAUAUAAUAAAUAAACUAACUAAAUAUUAA